AUGGCAAAAUUUGCCAGACUUGUCGUUCAUGGCUUGGCCGUGGCCUCUCUAGCCAGGCCCUCGUUGGCGCUCUCCGGCCCCUUUGAUGUUCGAGAAGCCACAGUCGACGUCGUGCACAGCGCCCUCCUAGCUCGCCUCACAACAUGCCGAGAAGUCAUUUCGGCAUUCAUUGCUCGAAUAGAGCAAUUCAACCCCAUAUUGAACGGCGUGGUCUCGCUAAACCCAGAUGCUCUCUCGGAUGCGGACCAGAUGGACGGCCUGAUCGCGUCCGGCAACAUGACGGGUGCUCUGUUCUGCAUCCCCGUUCUCCUCAAAGACAACUACAACGCAGUUGGGAUGAACACGACAGGAGGCUGCCUGGAUUUGGCCAACAACAGGCCGCUGGUGGACGCCCCAACGGUGAAAGUGUUGAAGGGUGCCGGCGCCAUUAUCCUUGGGAAAACAAACCUGCACGAAAUGGCCUUGGAGGGCCUGACCGUCUCGUCUCUGGGAGGACAAACUGUGAACCCCUACGACUUGACCCGAACGCCAGGGGGGAGUAGCGGCGGUGCUGGGGCGGCCAUCGCCGCGAGCUUUGCUGUGGUGGGAACGGGCACCGAUACCGUCAACUCGCUGAGGAGCCCCGCCAGCGCCGGCUCUUUGUUCAGCUUCCGUCCCACGAGGGGCCUAAUAUCGCGUGCCGGCGUCAUCCCCGUCAGCUACACACAAGAUGUAGUUGGCGCUUUUGCUCGCAACCCGCAAGAUCUUGCCGUCGCCAUGACUGUCAUGGCGAGCGUGGGCUUCGACCCCAGAGAUAACGCCACGGCCCUGAUGCCGACAGAGAUCAUGCACACGGAUUAUUACAGGUGUCUCCUUGGCGGCAGUCUCAAAGGCUUGCGGCUAGGUCUGGUUGACGGCUUUUUUGAUCACACGUCCUCGCCCGAAACCACACCAGUCGACGACAUCAUGGCGGGUAUGGUCUCUCAGCUCACAGCGGCCGGUGCCGAAGUAGUCAAUAUCACCGAAACCAUCUACAACUCUGCGGCUAUCUCUGCGGCUCUCGAUGUGCAGGUAUACGAGUACCGGGAGCUCCUGGACACGUACCUGGCAGGGGAAGACCUCAGUGGCGAGCCGCGCCCUAAGAGCUUCGACGAGCUUUACAGAAACGGCAGCGGCGAGUUCCUGGUCAUCCCAAGCCAGCACGCGUUCGUCGAAGCGGCGUUCCGCUCGUCUACCAGUAAUACCAGUUACUUCACGGCGCAGCGCGGAAUUCAGAACCUGACGCAGGCGCUCAAGGCCACGUUUGCCCGCGACAAGCUCGACGCACUCAUCUACCCGGAGCAGAAGAACCUUGUCGUCACGGUUGGCUCGCAAUCGCAAGCCGGGCGAAACGGUAUACUGGCCUCACUGACAGGCAGCCCCAUCGUUACGGUGCCGGCUGGCUUCUCGUCGCCAACCGAGGACGCGCUCCUCGGCGUGCCCGUUGGGAUGGAGAUCCUAGGCCAGCCAUGGACCGAGUGUCUGUUGCUCAACAUUGCGAGGCACGUCAGCGAGUUAGUGCCCGUGAGGAGAAUGCCUGCUUUUGCCAACAUGACUGUCGAGACAAAGGUAUUCGACAGCGUGCCAGUGAUCACUCCGAAUUCGGCAAAUAUUGCUCCAGCUUAUCCUGUGGGGGUAUUCUAA